GACCUUCUGCUCGGACAUCAUGAUUAGGCUCUGAAUUAAGAUAAUGAAGAUACCUGCAAUUCUAUUAACACACCAGCGCAGAGGAGACAUUGUGCCAUGACGGUGAGUGGUGUCAAAUGACAAACUCAGCUCUGCUACAUCUGCAAGUUUAGUUAUCCAUACUGCAUCCAAAAGAUAGGGUUAAAUAUGACAUGUGCCCCGCCUCCAAUGGAUCUGCGCUGGCUCUCCGCUUCUGUCAAUGCAGACACCAAUCCAGUUCUGUAGAACUCUAUCCAGACUUCUUGCUGUUCCCUGGCUGUGGCAUCAUUCAUCUCCAGCAUUCUGCAGCGAGUAAAGAAAGAAUGAGGAAAGAGGAGGAAAUAAUCCGUCUGGAAACACCCACCUUGCAGAUCCUGGUCUCCCCAGCCAGUGCAGGCAAAGAUGCUCCACAAUCCACCGCCUACUUCACACACACUCAGCAUCAUCUUGCUUGUGAAAGUUAAUAUUUUAUCCGGCAGGUGCAGAGCCAACUCCGAGCCAUUGUGUGGUGUGUGUAUUUGUUCUUCCCCCUUCUCUCCUGGGCUUUGAUUUCAUGACAUCCCUCUUCAGCCCUGCUUGUGUGUCUGUGUCUCCAGCAAAUGAUGGAUCUGGGAAGGAGAUUCACACACUCCCCUAUGUGUCAGCUUAAAGUUGGGUUGGAAUAUUUGUGAGAAGGAGAAUCCUGUGGGGACGGACAUUCACGGUUGGUCUCCCGAUGGACAUUUUCCAGCUGGGAUGAGGCUGCAGCACUUUGGAAAGUGACUUGUAAUAAUCCGUCCUUCUCCGGAAUUGUCAUACUAACUGAAUGACAGGGAACAAGAGAAAGGCUGAACCUGCAGGAGCGUACCCUGGAUUGCGGCGACAAGUGACCUUAAGGUCACUGGUGAGAAAAGUCACUUGUCUUGGGCAAUCAUUUUGCGGACAUUGAAAAGAAGGGGAAAACAUAAGUAACCCUGCAGCCUUAACUCCUUAAGUUUGGAUACUUUGGUCCUGGUGGCACUGGCAUCUAACAAAUAUGUCAGAGCAACCGACGGAAAGGAUGCAUUCGAAAAAAGCUGGGAUCCGAGCGGCCGUGGUUUUAAUAGGAUUGCUACACAAAUCCAGAAAACAGAAUAGAGAGAGGAGGAAACAGGAGAUGUCCAACUCUUCAGAAGCUACCACACCUGAUCGCCCCCUCUCCCCUCCGGCCACUGCUCCCCCAAUUAUGAAGUCAGCAGAUUUUUUCGAGAUGCUGGAAAAAAUGCAGACCCCAAAACUGGAAGAGCAGAAAGGUAGCAGCCAGAAAAAUAAGGAUGACUACAUACCAUAUCCCAGCAUUGAAGAGAUCCUGGAGAAGGACACCACUUACCCUCUCAUAAUCCUGCCUCAGUUUGGGGGUUAUUGGAUAGAAGAUCCAGAAAAUAUAAGUACUCCAACUUCCUCAGACAGCAGUAUAUGUGAUGAAGAGGAAGAACCCAUUAGCCCCAGCACAUAUGGAUAUAAACUAGAAUAUAAAGGUUCAGCUCAGGCAUACAGAAAGCACUUUUUGGGAAAGGACCAUCUAAACUUUUAUUGCACUGGCAGCAGCCUUGGGAACUUGAUCCUAUCUAUUAAAUGUGAAGAAGCCGACAGCAUAGAAUAUUUAAGAAUUAUACUCAGGUCUAAAGCAAAAACGUUACAUGAACGAAUCCCGCUGGCUGGGUUUAGCAAACUUCCCAGUAUUCCCCAAAUAGCAAAGGCCUUAUGUGACGACGUCACUGGACUCAAAUUUAAUCCUGUUCUCUACCCAAAGGCGUCACAAAUGAUUGUUACCUAUGAUGAACAUGAAAUCAAUAAUACCUUCAAGUUUGGUGUCAUAUAUCAGAAGCUUAGGCAAACAUUAGAAGAAGAGCUCUUCGGGAAUAAUGAAGAGAGUCCAGCUUUUCGAGAAUUUUUAAGCUUGCUCGGAGAUACCGUCUUACUUCAAGACUUUAGAGGUUUUCGCGGAGGGCUGGAUGUAGCGCAUGGCCAGACGGGCACUGAAUCCAUUUACACUGUAUUCAGGGACAAGGAGAUCAUGUUUCACGUGUCAACUAAGUUACCAUUUACUGAAGGAGAUACUCAGCAGCUACAAAGGAAAAGACACAUCGGGAAUGACAUCGUAGCCAUAGUGUUUCAAGAAGAGAACACCCCUUUUGUUCCAGACAUGAUUGCAUCAAACUUUCUACAUGCAUAUAUUGUGGUGCAAGUGGAGAAUCCAGAAACAGACUUAACAACUUAUAAGGUCUCAGUGACUGCACGAGAAGAUGUCCCGUCUUUUGGGCCCCCACUUCCAAAUCCACCAGUAUUCCAGAAAAAUGCGGAGUUCCGUGAAUUUUUACUGACAAAACUCAUUAAUGCUGAGUAUGCUUGCUGCAAGUCGGACAAGUUUGCUAGGCUUGAGGACCGGACAAGAGCCGCUCUUUUGGACAAUCUUCAUGAUGACCUUCAUGUGCACACACAGGCUAUGCUUGGCCUGGGCCCAGAAGAAGACAAGCUUGAGAAUGGCGCUCAUGGAGGUUUCCUCGAGUCUUUCAAAAGAGCGAUCCGGGUUCGCAGUCAUUCAAUGGAAACUAUGGUUGGAAGUCAGAAAAAGCAUCAAUCUGGAGGCAUAACGGGGAGCCUGAGCGGAGGCAUUGUGCACACCACGGCCGAACUCACCAAAACCACCUUCUCUCCCCCUGCAGUAGUAACAAAGACACAGUCCAAGAGCCCAAUAAAGCGGAGAUCUGGUCUGUUCCCUCGAUUACACACUGGAGCGGAGACACCUGAAAGCCGGGCUCGAUGUGAUAGCAUGUCUGCUGCACCAAGGACUCCAGAUUGUGGCCAUUCAUCACAGGAUGUCAAAUCCGAAACCUCAUCAAAUCCCAGUUCCCCGGAGAUAUGUCCCAACAAAGAAAGACCGUACAUUAAGCUGAAAGAGAACGGGAGAUCCAACAUCUCUCGCUCUUCAUCCAGCACAAGCAGUUUCAGCAGCACAGCUGGAGAGAGCGAGGCCAUGGAGGAAUACGAAAGUGUGGGCAGCCAACCUCUGACCGCAUCACCUUGCAAACAGGAAGUGUUUGUCUACAGUCCGUCGCCUAGCCACGAGAUCUAUACUUCCUCUACCCCCGUAAUCAUGAGCAGGAGCCCUACAGAUGUAAAGAGUAGAAAUUCCCCAAGAUCCAACCUCAAAUUUCGUUUUGAUAAACUCAGCCAGUCAAGUUCCGGCUCAAGUACAUGAAAUGAUGCCCUGGCGAAGUGGAACCACCAUCUUUAAGACUGGCCUGCAAGGGUAUACUCACUCCGCGAAUAGUUACCACAAUGCAUCCAUGGAAAUGUUUGGCUACCAAGCUGUUUCCCAACAAUCAAAGAAAGAACUGCCAUCUUAGUGCACUCCUCGUGUCCUGUGACACUUGUCUUGUGAACGGAGUUUAUAGUACGACUUGUCUUGUCCAAUAGUGGAAUUGACUCUCACCCAAUUUCUUUAUUUUACUUUGCCUAAUACAAAGAGAAUUUUUUUUAAAUGUGAAGCAUCCUACUUGCACGGUCUUUAUACUCGACAGCACCUGAACACCGAGUGGCAAGUUUAUUUAGGAAUGAAAUUCUGUGGAAUUCUUACCACAAUUUUGGGCAUUCCCCCUAGGUGGUACUUGAUGUUUCAUACAGUGAUAUUUCCAAUGCUGCUGUUCCAUUUAACAAGGUAACAUCUGAGGAUCUUUCUGAGCCUCACACAAUCUUACGUCUGCCAUAUUAUCGUAUUGAAUGAGCUUUAGAGGUGAACAGUUUCAUUAAACAUGGCUGCUCUUUUGGCAUCUUAUGCAAUGCAUACACACAAAUGUAUCUGGAUGUGCAAUGGCUUUAAGAACGAAUCCAACAUUGUGAAAUAUUCCCACAAAUCAAGGUCCCAUAUUCUUAGUCAUCUGACAUCAGCAGAAGUGUCAGAAGUUAAAAGUGUAGAAUAAGUCUUCAGCUUUAAUAUUCGUUGUGUUUCUGGUGAUGAAAACUUUCUUGAAUGUCUAAGAAUUCUCUGAGGGCUCGACGGGCCUUUAGUUAUACCAGUCUGUAUACCUACAUCAUAAGGGGGCAAGAGCUUGUACUGUGCAACCCUCUCCUUAAUAUCAUGCAACCUUUUUUGUGAGGUGUGGUUUACAUCAGGUGUGCCUGUCUUGCAUGCUUAAACAUUAUAGCAACAUAGGGAAUUUGGACUGAGAAUUGAACUGCAAUGCCAUUGGUGUGACCCUUUUUUCUAAAUUUGCUGAAUUUCUUUAAUUGUGGUAGCUGCAACAUUGUCUCCACUUAAAGCAUAGUUAUAUUUAUAAAGCAUGGCAUGUCUCCUGGCCAAAAUGGGGUUUUCCAGGACUUUUUCAUUCAUGGCCUCUACUCAUCAAUAUCUGAUCGGUGAGGUUCCAACGUCUAGCACCGUUUGACAGUUGCUGGCAUUACUGUAGUUAAGCUGCAGUAACCCAUUCCUUCCACUACACGAUGUAUGGAGCUGUUUCUGUUCACUGUGUUUUUGGGCAGUUCAGCUCUGGCAAUCAGCUGACUGGCAGGGUUGCCAUGUAUCAAACUUCCACUGAUCAGUUAUCGAUGGCCUUUACUGACAAAAGGUCACCAAUUAAACAGUCCCAGUUAAACACCUUUAAAACUGAUGGCAGUGAAUGCUGCAGGCAGGCAUGGUGGAUGUUAGUUGGCUAAGGCAACUGCCUGAUGCUUAAAUUAUCUGGUAAAUUAAUUCUGAUUGUGUCUGAUUGGAGGGGGUAGGGAAUCAGGGACCCCCUGCAAACUCCAAAACAGGGCCUGGAUCACAUUGCUUAGUUCUCCGGCCCCCACUUUUCAAAAAGUACUAGUCUCAGCAGUGAUGGCCCGGUCAGCCAAUCUAUGACCGCCAGCCUGGUGAUUGGCUGACUGGGAUGUCACUGACAGCGGUAAGAGACAGGCCCCGUUCUGGACAUCAUGAGGCGUCCCGGCAGUCGAUUCUCUGUGAUCAGACACUUAUGCCCUAUCCUGUGAAUAGGAGAUACGUAUUUAUUAACCGGAUGAUCCCUUUAAGUUUCUAGGAAGGUAGAAUAUAGGUAGGCAUUUGCCUUGACAACAGUCCAACUCUGGUAUUUUUUAGCAUAUCCUGCUGUUAGCUUUUAACUUUACCCGAUCUAUGUCUAUUAAGGAUCUGUUAUUGAUAUUUAAGAAAUAUAUUUAAGGAUAAUUUAUGGCAUCAAACAGUAAUCGGGAAUUGAUAGCAAAAUAAAAAGUGUGGGGCACUGAAUCUGUCUAAGUGUCCGUGAACUUGGAGUCUGGGUGCUACCCUCGUAGUGCACCAGGGUUGCUAGGCAAGUAGGAAAAUAUAGAAAAUAUUUCAGUAAUCGGGAAUUACAGGAGUUGUCCAGGAUUAGAAAAACACUGCUUUUUUAUUGCAAAAACAUCACCACUGUUGUCUACGAGCCAUGUCUAGUACUGCAGCUCAGUCUCAUUCACUUCAAUAAAGCCAAGCUGCAAUACCAGACACAGCCCGUGAACAGGAGUGGUGCUGUUUUUGCAAAGAAAAAGCGGCAAAUUUCAAUCUAUACUUCUCUAUAUGUUCAUUUAUUAGAAAUAAAAAUGCUAUAAGUAUGCUCAAUACAAUAAUUAACAUUGGCUGGAGAUAAAUAUAAAUAAUUACAGAUAUUUCUAUGUUUAUACUUUUCUAUUUAUAAAAAUUUAGUGCAUACAAAUAUAUAAAACAUUUAAAUAUAUACUUAUUUGGGAAACAUGUCAUCAUCCUCCGCUUCCUGCAGUCUACGGCUCUGAGUGUUGGGUUUUAUUAGUCUCGAAUAUUGUUUCAGACUUGCAUGAUUCUACUGUAUUUACUAUGGGGAUUCACAGGCUAGGGAAGGUCUAACCACCUGUUUUUUGGUGGGAAAGUAGCUGCUUUUUUUUAUUCCUGGAUAACCCCUUUAAAUAAUCAUUAUAGGUAGAUCCUGCUAAUUUGGUAAAACUUACCUGGAAUUUUACUUAAACUCAGAUGUCAUAAUGCACCAAAGAAACAGAUGGUCAAUUAAUCCAGCACUGCUUCAUUUCCAGACAGCACCACAUUUUAAUAUAUUGAAUCCUUUUUUUUUUUUUAAGUUUUGUCAUUUUUGAUAAAAACCAGUCCCUAUGCUAGCUUCCACAGCUUCCACUUCCAUAAGGACUCUUUUUCCAAAUAAAGGGUUUACCCAGUGAAAGAAACAAUCUGUGUACGAUCUAAAAAAAAAGUACAAGAAAGCGAAUAACUACUAUAAUGUUAUCAGCCAUAGUGCACAGAUCUGGAAGAGCAGAGCUGCUGUGACAUUACAUGACACUCUCUGAAUCCAGAGCUCCUGUACCUGCCCCCCCCCCCUCCUGCCUGCUCAGGACGAGACCAUUAAUGUAAAGAGGGGUACUUGUAUAACUGCUCAUUAGAAUUAUGACUCCUUGGAUAAGACAGCCUAUUUUGACAGAAGCUACUGACUGCUGUCUUAUCUAAUGAGCAGUAACACAAGCUCCCCCUUAACAUUACUGGUCUUGUUCCGAGCAGACAGGAGGGGAGGGGGAGGAGGGACAGAACAGACUACAUUCAGAGAGUGUGAUGUGACAUCACAGCUGCAAGCCAGACAGCACAGCUCAUAUCUCUGCACUAAGGCUAAUAACAAUACAUUAGGAAGUUGCUGUAUGAUACAUUUUGACACCAUACACAGGUUAUUUAUUUUGCCGGACGUCUUGUGUAACUUUUUUUCCUCCCAUAACCAAAGAAAAUGCCAGUGUGUAUUUGAAGAUAACAAAAGUUAGACAUUAGUCUAUUCUCUAUGCAGCUCUCUUUUUCCAUAGUUAUACAGCUAUAUGUUUGGCCUGUGUGACAUUCUUCUUUCUUCUUUGCAAUUUUUUUGUAUGCAAUUCUAUUUGCCAUCUGCAUCUCAUGUGAUCUGCUACUAUGUAAGUGCUCCAUUUAGGCAAAAAAAAAAAAAAAAAAAAAUGGCGACUCUUUUUCCAUCCAAACAUUUUUGGAAGUGGACUCUUGUAUAUUAAAAAAAGGUUUCCAUGACCAGUCAAGUAAUAUUUUCUAUACAAACAUAACUGUAAUAGUCAAAAAGACUGUGCACACCUACCCCACCAGCUGCAGUCCCCUGUUCCCUCCUAGACAGUGACACAUUAUUUCUUUUCUGGAGCUAAAUUAUUUAGAAUAAAUCUGUGCACAUACAUGAUAAAAACCAUUAGUAUUAAAUUAUAAAGGUCACCGCUGGAUCCUAAUGUAGACGUCCUGCUGCUCGUGAGGUUGUCAUCCGAAAUGUAAUUUCUUUGUUAGGCUACGUAAAUGAUAUGCAAAUACGGAAUCGCCCGCGAUAACUCAGAAUGGUUUUUUUCUUGUUGUUGCUGAGCGCUCUCUACUGGUGGUUGGAAGAAGUGAAGGAGCGCAGCGUCGAGAUGUCGUUUUUCGUAUACUUUUACAGUCAUUAUAGCCUGAUUUUCUUUUAAACCAUGCCCUUGGAAGAGGCUUCCAAUUUUUAGGAAUAUAUUGAUAAGUUAGUGUAACUAUUCCUCUUGUGAGUUUGUCCCAAAACCAGUGUUUCCCAAUCAGUGUUUCUCCAGCUGUUGCAAAACUACAACUCCCAGCAUGCCUGGACAGCCUUUGGCUGUCCAGGCAUGCUGGGAGUUGUAGUUUUGCACCAGCUGGAUGCACACUGGUUGGGAAACACUGCCCUAUACACACUAGUCUGAUCCUGUUCCAGCAAUUGUUAAGAUACAAUUUUUUUUUAAAUCAACUGGUGCCAGAAAGUUAAACAGAUUUGUAAAUUACU